GAAGUGUUUCUGAGAAGUGAAAACUUCAGCAUGCGUUUUCUUGUUGCAGUUGCGUUUUUAGUGUCCUGUGUGAGUGGAAUCGGCGUAAACUGGGGUACUCAAUGUACGCAUCUUUUGUCACCUACCACGGUUGUGAGAAUGCUGAAAGAUAACGGGAUUCAAAAGGUGAAGCUGUUUGAUGUUGAUCCGAAUAUCUUAGACGCUCUUAAGAAAUCUGGUAUUCAAGUUAUGGUGGGGAUUCCAAAUGACAUGCUUUAUACACUUGCUAAUAGUGUUCAAGCUGCUGAAAAAUGGGUUUCCAAGAAUGUUUCUGCUCAUGUUUCUUCUGGAGGUGUUGACAUUAGGUAUGUUGCGGUAGGGAAUGAACCAUUUCUGUCAACAUACAAUGGCACUUUUGAAGCCACUACGCUCCCAGCUCUGCAAAACAUCCAGGCAGCUCUUACAAAAGCCGGUUUGAGUACUCGAGUCAAACUUACCGUCCCAUUAAACGCGGAUGUGUAUAUAAGCUCAACAUUGGCUGUUGCAUUCAAAUCAUGUUGGAAGCCUUCUUUCACAUUCAACAUUUCAGCCACCAGAGAUCGUGCAGACGGUCAAUUGCAAUACGGAUUUGGCAACAAAAAAAACAUUGAAAUCAAAACAAACUCUCACCAAUUUCACUGCAGUAAAAAAAAGAGCAAAAAAAAAAUUCCCAAGCGUUAA